CGCCAAUGGUGAUUCAAUCCUGUCAUGCAUGGCUAUCUUUAUGCUGUGCUAAACAAGUUAGUGUUAGUAGUUUAACGUUUUUUAUCAAUAAAAUGUUACAAAAAAAUUCUGAUAAGAAACAAAUUAACAAUCCGUACAUCACGUAUUCUUAAGGUUUUGCUAGACGAUAGAUCAAUGGAAAUUUUCUUAAAGUAGCAAUGACAAGUUUGACUCUUACAUUAGAUAAUGUGGAUGUGAGUGAAAACACUGAACAAAUAAGCAAAUUAUUUCCGAAGUGUCGGCCAAGAAGUGAUAUUAACUUAAAUCCAAUAAUACUACCGGGACAUGAAAAUGAUUGCGAAAACAGCACGAAUACUGUCAUGAAUAUCGACAGUGACAAUGACAGAUGGAUGGCCGAAAGCUCUAACAUCACCCGAGACAACGUGAGUCACUCAACCGAUGACGAAGAUGUUAUAAUAGAGCGUGAACACACGGGAGGGACGUACAAAUUGCGCGAUUCCAGAAUAAUCGAAAUCGCCGGUGGACGAGAACUCUUCUCGCAAAGUCGCAGCAAAGCGGUCAGAAAGUCGCGCACAACCGUCGGCGAAGAUGGUGAAAAGAAAAGCCAAAAAUCCCCAAUGAGACAAGGCGUGUGGGAGCUCCGAGGGCGCAAUAAUGAAGCGAAAAAACUGAAAAACUCGCGCGAAUACACCGAGACGGUCUUCUCAUCCGAAGUGUGCUCCGUCACCCACCAACAGCAUGAAAAACAGACCGAUAUCGAGACCAAAGUCAGCCCGAACUUGACGAUGAGUUUCCCGGGAGAGGUUGUCGUUUUCGACGAUAUUGGCGAAAACUGGCACGAGGAAAAACGAGACGACACUGCCACGCUUUUCAAUGACGAAAAAGUCACCAAAGUUAUUGGAAAUCUACCAAUUGCGGUCUACGAAGGCUCCCCCCGGAGGUACGGACCCCGGCAAAUGGAAAGCAACUUCACACACCCCCAACUUCCCAGCGCACAGAGUCUACUAGCCUCUCCCAGCGUCUACCCCCCCAGGCCGGGCUUCCCCCAAAGGGUCGUCUACACCCCCAGCCCCAACGAAAACGACGCCAGCCCCACCAACGACAACUCCUUCAACAAGAAGGCGUCGCCGCCGCCGACGACGACGACGAGCACGACGACGUCGACGUUCGACUACUUGUACGAGUUUUCGGAGACUCGGAAGGUGCUGGAGGAGUUUUUCAAGUGUCCUCCUCCCGAGGAGGAGAACCGACUGGAGGUGGAGUUCCAGGACUUGGAGUACGAGCUGCGGCGACAGGGGGGCGACUCGGGUAACUCGUACGUGGGACAAAGGCUGGCGAAAGGUCGGGAACAGAAUGAUUUUUGCAUGCGGAUUGACUCUCCUAGGAAAUGUUUUAACAAUCCGGUCACAAAUGAUCAAGACAUGACAGAGUACGAAAACAAUUUCCUCGAUCUUUCUAUAGGUACAGGCUCUAGUGGGGAUUUGGGUGAGACGGAAGUGGGGCUCCAAGUCGGGCAUAGUCGGAAUUUUACGCUAUCGCCCGAGACGACCGAUUGCGAUUCGAAUUGUGGGGAUUUAGAUAGUGAAGUUUCUUUAAUGUUAAUGGAAAAUGAAAUGGGACCUUCUAGUGGCCUGUUAGGAUCAAAUACUGAUUUAGCAAUUCCAAGUGAUUCAUUACGCUUAUACUCUAGUAUGCCUGUUCUUGAAGACGGUUUAUCAUCAGGCCACGCCAGUGACACUGAUAACAAUAACCCAACUGUAAUGCUCAUGAAAAGACAAAUAACCGAAAUCGAACGCGAAAUUAACCAAGGGAUAUGCAAACCUAAAGGCAAUAAACAGGAAAAUGGACUCUCCCCUAGCAAUGAUUGCGUAAACCAAUCCCAAAAUGACAUAAAUGGAUGCGUUAAUAAUUUCGAAGAGACUCACAUUUUGCCCCAAAUGGAUCCGUUAGAAAAAACCCCUCCGCCACCUGCACCCGCUCCUCACCGGUUGCUCCAAAACGAGAAAACAAAUGACGUAGAAGCCGCUAUUAAAGAUAUUAGAUUAACGUUGCAGAGGACGAAAACUUUGCCGUUAAAAUGUCACCCGAAAGAAGAACGGGAGGAAAACGCUGUGAGUCCCAUUUGGGUACCAAGACAAAGAGGAAUGUCGGCUGCAAGUGGCGAUUCUGAUCGGAAGGCCAACAGUGGGGAAGAAGAAGAAAAUGACACUGAUUUGGAGACAGAUCGGCUCUUGGGGCAACAAAGAACCGACGAUCAAGGUUUUUACGAUGAAAAGGGUUGGAGAAAACCUAAAAGUCGGACAAUAAUGCCUUCACAUAGUCUUUCCAAUCCUAAACAAAUCUUAAAUGCAAUGGACGAAGGAACAUUACCUCUUGUUCCUUCCGAACCUCAAAUUUCAAACCCUUCCUCACCCACAGCUGUAUCUGAAAAAAGCCAGUCGCCCCAAAGUCAGAAGGGAUCCAUUUCGUCAAGUAAAAUAAAAAAGGAGAAAGACAAUAAAAAGAAAGGGAGAAACAAAGAAGAUUUUAUUCAACGUUCAGUAUUAAUAGAAGGAGUUCUGUUUCGGGCUCGAUACUUGGGGUCCACGCAACUAGUCUGCGAGGGCCAACCAACCAAGACAACCCGAAUGAUGCAAGCUGAAGAGGCCGUUUCACGAAUUAAGGAGGCAUCCAACCAAAUUCAAAAUUACGACCCGAGCGAUUCUUUUGACGAACAACAAGCCGAUGCCGAGGAGCCCGAACCGUUACCUCUUCCCGAAACGGCCAUACAGCCUGUAUCGGGACCUCGAGUCUACAACACAAGUUCCCUGCCUUUGGGAGUCGGGGCCACUGGAACUGUUUUUCGACUGCAUUUUCUCGGAUCGGUUGAGGUGGAUGAGGAAGGGGGGCGCAAACGACGAAAACGACUCAAGAAAAAUAUGGUCGAAGUCGCUGUUACUAAAAUUAAGGCCUUGGCGCCCGAUGGUGAGACUCAGCCCAGUACUGAGGUGGAUUUAUUUAUCUCGACGGAGAAGAUAAUGGUGUUGAAUACCGACCUGAAAGAGAUAAUGAUGGAUCACGCGUUACGAACAAUAUCUUACAUCGCGGACAUUGGCGAUUUAGUGGUGUUAAUGGCGCGUCGUCGCUUCGUCCCGCACGAGAUGGAAGACGCACCGAAAAUAAAUAGAACACCAAAGAUGAUCUGUCACGUGUUCGAAAGCGAGGAAGCCCAAUUCAUUGCUCAAUCAAUCGGCCAGGCUUUCCAAGUGGCUUACAUGGAAUUCCUCAAAGCGAACGGGAUUGAGGACCACAGUUUCGUGAAGGAGAUGGACUAUCAGGAGGUGCUCAACUCGCAGGAGAUUUUCGGGGACGAAUUGCAGAUGUUUGCGAAGAAGGAGAUGCAGAAAGAGGUUGUAGUGCCUAAAGCCAAGGGUGAGAUUCUGGGUGUGGUGAUUGUGGAAUCGGGAUGGGGGUCUAUGUUACCGACUGUGGUCAUUGCGAAUCUAGCACCGGCGGGGGCGGCUGCAAGGUGCGGACAAUUGAACAUCGGCGAUCAAAUAAUUGCAAUCAACGGAGUGAGUCUUGUCGGACUUCCGCUAUCCACAUGCCAGAAUUACAUAAAGAAUUCCAAAAAUCAGACUGUCGUUAAAUUAACUGUCGUUCCUUGUGCCCCCGUUGUAGAAGUUAAGAUUAAAAGACCAGAUACUAAGUAUCAAUUAGGAUUCAGUGUUCAAAACGGAGUGAUAUGCAGCUUGCUUAGAGGAGGUAUAGCCGAAAGGGGUGGAGUGAGAGUUGGCCAUCGGAUAAUCGAAAUCAACAACCAAAGUGUCGUCGCGGUUCCGCAUGAAAAAAUUGUUAAUUUGUUGGCAACAUCUGUAGGAGAAAUUUUGAUGAAGACGAUGCCGACUUCGAUGUUCCGGUUGUUAACCGGUCAGGAGAACCCUGUGUACAUCUAGUUUGAACAAAUUGAAGGUCAGAAAGUGCCUACAUGUAGUUGAUAUUGAACUGUCCUUGGGAAUUGUUUUAAGUUUGAUCGUGCUUGAGUCGCAGAUCAAUAUAUUUUUUAUUGUUAGUAUUAGUUUGACAGACUGAAGACAAUACAAGCAAAGACCUGCGCUCUGCACAUGCGCUGAGCUUUCGUGAUAGAUCAUAUCUGCUUUGUCGCGUACCCUAUUUAUUUGUUGUGAAUGUGAAGAGCAUAAACCAAAGACUGGUUGGUUUAGCAGUAUACUUCAUUAUCAUAAAUUAUCACGAUAAUUUGUGGCGAUGAUUUAUCCUGAAUGUGACCUGUAUAUUAUUUAAGAAAUAUUCAAUUUAUCCAAACUUUUUAAUGCUGGCUCAAAAAUCAAUGUAGCACUAUCUAGUCAGCAUCAAUAGGUAUUAUUUAUCUGUGUCUAUGUUUUAUUUUGAUAGUGUAGUAGACCGUCUCUUCCAUGCUUAAAACAUUUCUUGCUUGUUAAAGAAGGUCUAUUACUAUGGUACUUAAAUACAUAAUUCAAUAUAUUUCAAAUAUACUGUAAAAUCUUUAUUUAUUUCCCCUAGUUUAAGCUUGUUUUAAAUACUCGUAUUUUUUAUACAAUUACUGUUAUUUAUCUGUGACUUUUAUUGCUUAAUUUUUUAAAUAUUUUUGUUUUUGUGUUAUUAAAUGGAACUCAAUAUUUAUUUAUUUUAUUUCAAUAACGUAUAUAAAUACCACCUAGUCCUAUUUAAACAGAUCUGAUCAUAUCAAAGACUAAUCACAAUUUCAUUUGAUAAUUGUAAUUAUUUCGUCAUAUAACGCGAUUAACGUACGUGUAAGAAAUAAAUAUGUACAAAUAUG